UUAUUCCUCCGUCAUCUACACAAUCCGCUUGACGAUCAACGCGCUCGUUAGCUUCUGUCUGCGAUCCUUAUUUCUGUCGUUUAUUUCUUGUUUCUGUAACUGAUCUAAAAUGAUUAGAAACACGCCCAAAUCCCAUAUUAUGAUCACCUGCGCUUUUCUUGUCAUCCUACUGGGAAUCUACAUGUACAUGAAAGAUCGCCUUCCACCUUUCCGCAUCUACCAGAUCUGUCCUUCCACUGAUUUGGAACUAAAUGAAAAAGAAGAGCUUGGGCACUGCAAGGUCGAAGGCAAGUGGGAGAUCAGUGACCUGGUGAUGAUGCCUGGGGUCAAAUAUGCCCAGCCAAGCACACAGCAGGGUCGCACUGAUGUGAACUCAGUGACAAACUGGAAUGUUCCUUUGGUCUGGGAAGGGACCUUUGAUCCAGUGGUCAUUGAUGCGAUCUACAAGAAAAUGGACCCAAGAAUAGCUGUGGUGGUUUUUGCUGUUGGCAAAUACACACGUUUUCUGAAGGGCUUUCUUGAGACGGGUGAAAAGUUCUUCUUUGUUGGCUUCAGAGUAACUUACUAUAUUUUCACAGACAAUGAGAAAGAAGUUCCUGAGAUUGAAAUGGGUACAGGCAGAAACAUCACAAUCCUAUCGGUCCCUCCUGCCAGCCGGUGGCAGGACGUUGUUCUUGGUCGGAUGAAGUGGGCCACCGUCGCCAUUGAACAACAGAUCCGUGAUGAGGCAGAUUAUCUUUUCAUGAUGGACAUCGACAGUGUUUUCUACAACAGGUUUGGAGCAGAGUCUCUCAGCCGUCUGUCAGCUGUACUCCACCGAGGAUACUACAAGAACACAGCUAGAGACAGCUUUCCUUAUGAGCGUCGGCCGCUGUCCAAGGCCUACAUCCCUGCUGGUGAAGGAGACUACUAUUACACUGCUGCUGUCUGGGGUGGAUAUCUGGAGGAGAUGUACAAGCUUGUCAAGUACUGCUACGAACAGUCACAGGAAGAUGCUAAAAACAACAUUGAAGCUGUGUGGCAGGAGGAGAGUCACCUUAACAGGUACUUGUUAUACAACAAACCAACCAAAGUACUGUCUCCAGAAUACCUGUGGUCAAAUUAUGAUAAAGUACCUUCAGACAUCAAAGUGGUCAGGAUCUCCCAGUUGGUUAAGAAUUACGCAGAAGUACGACCAAAUGGUGGAAACUGAUGUCACCAAACACUCAGGACUUCACAAGUUGGGAGUCAUGGUGUGGGUUAUUAUAAUGUGUGUCUGUGGGUGCAGGGAGAAAGAAAUAAAAAUAUAGUUUAUGUUUGAAGUUUUAGGUUUUCUAAUUUAUUACACUAACUAUAACCCACGUGUAAAACAGUUUCUAUAUGAAAAUGCAAGGACUGAUCUCCUUUAAAUUAGGGCUGCAGGUUAUUAGAUGCAAUAAGGUGGGCAUGUUUUACAUCAUUUCCUCAUUUGUAAACAGUUUUGCAUUUCAUUGGUCUAUUAUGUGCACAGUUUAUAGAAUGGAGGAUUAGGGCUGGGGUUAGGGCAAAGUCAGCUGCUGUUAAGCCAGAUUGUACUUUUUAAUGUAAAGGAUUACAUAAAUUGUAUGCUUGCCUUUCUUUUCUACACUCAGGUACUUGUUAUACAACAAACCAACCAAAGUACUGUCUCCAGAAUACCUGUGGUCAGAUUAUGAUAAAGUAUCUGCAGACAUCAAAGUGAUCAGGAUCUCUCAAUUGGUUAAGAAUUACGCAGAAGUACGACCAAAUGGUGGAAACUGAUGUCACUAAACUCUCAGGACCUCAUUUGUUGGAUUCACUGGUGUGGUUUGUUUGUUAGACUGUGUAUUGUAUAGGGAGGAUAAAAUUAAAAGAAUUAAAAUGUCUUUUGAUGUUUCCGAUCAGCAAUGAUCUGGCAAAAGGAACAUGUUUUCACCUUUUUUUUUUUUUUUACUGUUUUGUAUUUUUUGCCUCGUGUGUGAGCUGUUUGUUCAGGGGUGUAUUUGAAGCUGCCAAAAUGUCAAUGUUCAAUAUAUGAACUAAAAAUGGUAAUUUAAAUUUAUGUUAACUAGACUGAGCUGCCAUCUUAUGAUGGCUAAGUUUGAGUGGCCCUAGAAGAGGAGCAGGACUCAAAAUAAAACUUAUGUUGACUUCAACAACUAGGUUCCAAAAAGCCACUCCCAGUCUGAUGCCACCCUAACCCUUCAGCCAGAGAUGGGUUGAUUACCAGCUCCAGACUGGGAAUAAGCCAACGCUCUGGGUGGAGUAAUGCAGACCAAUAGAGGUGUGUAGAUGUAGGUAGGCUGGAGAGGCAUCUUCUGGAAUCAUGCAGACCCUGUACUGUGCCUUCCAGAGGUGUGGACUCGAGUCACAAGACUUGGACUCGAGUCAGACUCGACUUGUGACGUGACUUGAUAAAAUCUAUAAAGACUUACGACUUGACUCUGACUUUAACACCAAUGACUUGCAACUUGAAUUGACUUGCACCUGUUGACUUGAUGACGAGCAUAUUUGGUAUUUUAGCACAAAAAUUGCACGACAUGGACAUAAAUCAUUCUUUGUUCUGAGUUUGAUCUUGUACUGCUAAAUGCAGCAGCACAUUGUUUAUAAUCAGAUUCAGUUGCACUUUCUGCUUGUUUGAGCAAAUAAAUUAAGCUUUAUUUCUGGAAUUUAUCAUUGUUAAAUUGAAGUUGGACAGAUGACUUGAUUAUGACUUGAAAAUUCAAAGAUAAGGACUUGGACUUCCAGAUCAUUGACUUUGGACUUGGUUGUUUGACUUGGACUUGACUCGAAACUUGACUGGAAAGACUUGUGACUUACUUGUGACUUGCAAUGCAGUGAUUUGGUCACACCUCUGGUGCCUUCACCAUUACCCAACCGAGUCAUACGUAGACAUUAUGGUCUUUCGAUGUUUAUCUGUAAGCCAAAUGACUGUGAAUGUAAAAAAAUUAAAACAAAACAUUUGAAUACGUAAAGAUCUAAAAGCGUUUCGACUGGAUCUCAAAGUAAACUUAAAAAAAAACUAUUUUACUCCCUGCUUAAACAAGCAGAGCCUGAUGCUUUUUGUUCUUUGCCCUGGAUAUUCAGUUUAUAAUUUUAUCUUUUGGUUUAAUUCCUUUUAUUACAUUUUUUGUGUAUUUUUGUAUUCCUCCGUCGCUGUUUUAUUACUGAUAUCUUGGUGAUGUGUUAAUUAUUAUCCUGACUUUUUGCUGAAUAGCACAUUGGUGCAGGUUUGCUGAUUUUUAAGUGCUUUAUGAAUAAAUUGACAGAAACUAAAUAAAAGAUAUUUUUUUCA